CAGUCUUUCCGGCCUGAACAUCAUCGACGUCAUGAUUUGAGCUCUUAUUUUUCGAUUUCCCAGUUGUCUUGAAAGCUCCUUAAACAACCUUUACUGGAAAAUGUGAAUCUCUUUUCAUUGGUCGUUGUUUUGUCACCAAGUUAAACAGCUAAAAUCUUAGUAAAGUACCAAUUUACAUAGAUAACGAUUUAAACAACACUUAAGAAAUAUAUUCAGAUACGUAACAUUAGCAAAGCAAGCCAGAUAGGAGCAGCCAGAGGAUCUCAGCCAGACGAUCUCAGCCAGACGUGGGACCAAGUAACGUUAACGUCGUUAGUCAGGCACACCCUAAAUCUGGGCACCCAUGACUGAAACGUAACGUCAGGCGAGAGUCAUGCAACAUGAAGUAGUUUGGACUUUUGUGAUCUUGAAAGACAUUCACUAGCAACAAGAACAUGCGAAUCACUUUUUUCAGAACCUGGAUAUGACUGUCUCAUCAUGCCACAGACACAUCCGUCCGCGAGAUAGCGUUUUGCCAGCCAGUCUGCUAAAUUCAAUAGCUACACCUGGGCUAGCUAGCUAAUAAUUCGUUUUGUUGUGUGCUUUUGCACAUAUACUAUUGUUGUAAUAUGAAUGUACCGAUGUAUACAUUUGUCGCAAGAGACGAGAAUAGCACCAUUUAUGCUGAAGUCUCCAAAAUUCUCGUCGCAACUGGACAAUGGAAGAGACUGAAAAGGGAUAAUCCCAGAUUCAAUUUGAUGUUGGGCGAACGGAACAGACUGCCAUUUGGACGGCUUGGUCAUGAGCCAGGACUGAUGCAACAGGUGAAUUAUUACAGAGGAGCAGACAAGUUGUGCCGCAAAGCAUCUUUAGUCAAGUUAAUCAAGACUAGCUCAGAGCUUCCAGACCCUAGCAACUGGUUGCCUGAAUCCUACAUCAUCUAUCCUACUAACCUAAAUACCCCCGUCGCUCCUGUAAAGAAUGGCAUCAGCCACCUGAAAAGUAACCCCAAGACAGAUGAAAGAGAAGUUUUCCUGGCCUCUUAUCACUCAAGAAAGGAAAGCGGAGAGGGAACAGUGUGGAUCGCCAAGUCAUCUGCUGGAGCAAAAGGUGCUGGAAUUUUGAUAUCCUACGAUGCAAAUCAAUUGCUGGAGUUCAUUGAUAAUCAAGGGCAGGUUCAUGUCAUUCAGAAGUACCUAGAAAGACCACUACUGCUGCAACCUGGCAACCGUAAAUUUGACAUCAGGAGCUGGGUGCUUGUGGACCAUCAGUACAACAUCUACCUUUACCGGGAGGGUGUGCUGCGGACGGCCUCGGAGCCCUAUGACAGCUCCAACUUCCAGGACAUGACCAGCCACCUGACUAACCACUGCAUCCAGAAAGAGCACUCCCAGAACUAUGGCCGCUACGAGGAGGGCAAUGAGAUGUUCUUCGACGAGUUCCGACAGUACCUGCUGAGCACCCACAACAUAGCACUGGAGACCAGCAUUUUACCUCAGAUCAAGCAGAUCAUAAGGAGCUGUUUGACAUGCAUUGAGCCAGCCAUCAACACUAAGCACCUGUCCUAUCAGAGUUUCCAGCUCUUUGGCUUUGACUUCAUGGUGGACGAAAGCUUCAAGGUGUGGCUGAUCGAGAUCAAUGGAGCUCCGGCCUGCGCACAGAAACUCUACCCAGAGCUAUGCCAAGGUAUCGUGGACUUAGCCAUCUCCAGUGUCUUCCCACUGAACAAUGACUCCGAACCACGAUCAUCUUCCUCCUCCCCCGCUCCUUAUUCCUCCUCCCCCUCCUUUUCCACUCUCAACUCAUCCUGUUCCUCUCCGAAACUGAGAGGACCCCUCCACGUGGGCCCAUUCACCCGGUUGUAAGUCCCUCCUCUGCUUCAGAAGUUCCAACCUCUGCCCUCUGCUCCUCACCCCUAUGCUUUUCCCGAGAUGUCCCACAGGCCAGGAAGCUUUGCCAUCUCAUUGGUUCUUGCAUGGCAAGUUGUCUCGAAUGGGAAUACAUUUACAUUUACAUUUAAGUCAUUUAGCAGACGCUCUUAUCCCUUGUGAUUGACUGAAGAUUGUGUGACUUUCUCGUAUGUGCUACCACAUUCUCCUCCCCAUACCCCCACAGUGGAAGCGCAUUUCAGAGGAAAGCCUGGACAGGCAUGCAGAAAAUGAAUGUGUGUAGACUUGGUGAAUGUUCGGAUGGUGAUGAGGAUUAAGAUGAAUUGGCGACAGACUGACAGAUUUGGGGGUCCCAGAACAAGAAGAUUCCCUUGUGAACCAGUGCUGCCACUGAGGCGACCCUAGACUGUAUGGACGACCUCUGAAGAUGGAGGGGAAGCUUCACUUAUUAUACAGACUUUAGUGCCUUACAUCUCCACCCAUACCCCCCUUAAAGAUGCAACCUGUCGAUUUUAGCAUAGCGCCUCUGCUACUGCGUGUGUUAUGUGAGCCUGUGUAUUGUCGUUCAGGCAAGUGUGUAUGUCUGUGUGGUCUAGUUAUUUUUUUUUUUCUGGGUUUAGAGAUCUUUGGAUUUUAUCCACAAAAGUUAGCAUUAUCAGGGGAGGGAAAAACCUUUACUGCAUCUUGAUAUGAAUACCUGACAUUGCCUAUAAAUCAUUCUUCAUAUCAUGGUUAUUGACAAAGCCCCAGAGUUUUUUUUUGCUGUACUGUAUUUUAAGAGGAUUAAAGCAGAAAAUAGGCUACAUUUUAUUGCUACUGUAAUUGUAUUAUAGCUGUUAUUCCAUGCUCGCUGUGUAGUGUUAGCUCUAUCAUUUUGACAAACUUUUAUUUAAGUUCAUUUAGACAGACUACUCCUUUUUCCUCUGUCAACAAAGAGCAUUUGUGGAAGGACUAGAGAUAAACCUCCCCUGUUUAAUUUGAGACUAGCUUUGCAACAUUUCAACCCAUUUGAACCUUCUAAAGGUUCUACCAGUCAAACCGUUACACGGUUAUGCAUGAGUAUCUCCACUACAGCUGUAGAUCUGUUUUUGUUUGUGAUUUUAAUAGAGAUUGCAUGCCGGUGUGGAAGCAUGUUACUGUGUCUGUUGUGUGUCAUAAUGCAAAUAGGCCGACUCUCCCUUUUGCCUCUAAUACUGAUAGUUAUUAGCCAAGAGCUGCCUUUUUAAAAUUGUCUUUCAUAGAUUAGUGAGUUUCUUGUUAGUUUUUGCUUGCUUCCUUGAAAACCUGUAGUAAACAUAGUAGCUUCAACCCCACAAACGACUUUGUCAACGCAAGUAUAAUUUUUAUUUUUUAAAGGAUUUUUAGACUACUAGCGCUGUUGGUUAUGGUGUUGCAUAGAUUCCAUAAUAUUACGUGGAGUUGUAAUGCAUGCAUGCUAACAAGUAGUUAUUCCUGCCCUUGUCUGUCUGUUAAACUGUAAUAUUCAGUGUAGACAACCUGACCACGUUCAGUUUACAGAGGCUUUAGCAUUAUUGCCCACAGUUAACUCUUAGAUUAAGUUACUUUGUCCUCUGUUAAAAUGUAUUUUAAGUAUUAGUUAGUCCCUUAAAAGGGGCAAUCCGUAGUUGAAACAAUAACAAAGUGCAUCUGUUUCGGUAAAAGGCUAAGGGAAUGCGGCUGGAAAAAAUGUAACCACUCUCAAAUUCAUAGACCGAGCUAUGGAUGCAAGGACUGACCAUCCACAAUAUCAACAUUAUAGUUUUAACCAUGUUUUUAGGCUAUUGUUUGUUUACAUCUACUUUGUUUACAAACAUUGGCGUAAACCAAGCUUAUACACUACAUGACAAAGUAUGUGGACACCUGCUCGUUGAACAUCUCAUAAAAAAAUCAUUGGCAUUGACAUGGACUUGGUCCCCCCCUUUGCUGCUAUAACAGCCUCCACUCUUCUGGGAUGGCUUUCCACUAGAUGUUUGAACAUUGCUGCUGGGAUUUGCUUCCAUUCAGCCACAAGAGUAUUAGUGAGAUUGGG